GCCGGCUCAUGAUCGGGAUCGGGUCGGCUAUCGGCCCGAUCAUCUCAUGCUCUUCCAUGACUGAAGUAACCACUAAAUAUACGACCAAAUUGGACUUAGCUACAAUGUAUUCCGAUGUGCCUGAUAAAUCUCAGCGUUGUCCAACCUGCAGCUCGUCGUUGCCUCAAUAUUGGAAGCGUGGAUCAGUUACAAGAUGUCUAGCACCUACUACAUAGUCGGUUUUGCUCUCGCCUUAUUUUUUAUUUGUUACGUUGCACAGAGACCAGGCAAAAGCCUUCACCGGUAUCCUGGACCGUUUCUUGCAUCUAUAACCAAUGUUUGGCGUGCAUUGGAUGUCUAUGGGCGGAACACGCACAUCACCUACCGCAAGUUGCAUGCCAGGUAUGGUGACGUUGUCCGAGUGGCGCCUAACGUUUUAUCAUUUGGCAACCCGUCUGCAAUCCAAGACAUAUACGGACUGCAGAAAGGUUUCACCAAGAGCGGGUACUACGAUGUUUUUGCGACUUUGAACAGAGGCAACAUCAUCUAUAAUUUAUUUUCAACAAGAUCAGAGGCAUACCAUGCCCGCCUGCGACGCUCUGUCAAUCAUGCGUUCGCACUGUCGACACUGUUGGACUUCGAACCACUUGUGGACAGCUGUACAUCCUACUGGCUCCAGCGUACCGAGGAAAUCUACGUCAAGGAACAGAGACUUUGUCCAUUGUCUACGUGGGUUCAAUAUUUCGCGUUCGAUGUGAUUGGGGAACUCACUUGGUCUAAACGACUUGGCUUCGUUGAGGAAAAUAGGGAUGUUGCAGAUAUUAUCGGUACCGUCGAUUCGUUCCAAAACUACGGUACUAUAGUAGGCCAAAAUCCCUGGUGGGACACCUUGCUCGUCAAAAACCCAAUCAAACGAUUCCUCGAGUCCAAGAACCUUUGGCCGGCAAGCCCAAACGCAGCCAUCAUCCAAUUUGCUUUAGCACGGAAACAGGAAGCAUCUGCGAGCCUACGCUCAGGUGGUAGCUUGCACACCCCAGGCCCAAAAGGCAUCAACUUCCUGCAGCGUUUCUUACAAUCUCAAGACAGAAAUCCCGAUUUUCUCACCGAUGAUCGAAUCACCGCCAUGUGCGCCUCUCUGAUCAUUGCCGGCUCCGACAGCACAGCUAUUAGCCUUUCUGGAGUCUUCUACUAUCUUUUAAAGAAUCCACGUGUAUACAGCAAGUUAAUGGCUGAGAUUGAUGCAGCGAGUGCUGCGGGAGCUCUUGCACCAUCACCAAACAGCACUGGUGCUGAUGAUGUUGUUUCAUUUCCUGCGGCCAACAAGUUAAAGUAUCUCGAUGCAGUCAUCACCGAGUCGUUUCGGAUGCAUCCGGCGGCAGGCCUACUUUUAGAACGCGUUACCCCGCCACAGGGUGCCACCAUAGAAGGCCAUUUUGUACCUGGGGGGGUUGUAGUUGGCUGUAACGCGUGGGUUUUGCACCAGAACAAGGAAGUCUUUGGUGAAGACGCCGAUGUAUUCCGGCCGGAGCGAUGGCUUGAGGGAGAAGGUGUUGAUCCUUUGAAAAUUGGGAAAAUGAGGUCUAGUAUGUUUCAAUUUGGUGCAGGGUCGAGAACAUGCAUUGGAAAGAACAUCAGUUUGAUGGAAACAUACAAGAUGGUGCCCAGUUUUUUGAGAAAGUUUGAGAUCGAGCUGGAUGAGAGCAAUGGGUCUUCGUAUUUGAAGAAUGCCUUCUUCGUUCAUCGCAAGAAUUUCAAUGUCCGCAUCAAACUCAGAAAAACUGAGUCCGUUCGGUCCUUGGGAUAAGUCACGAUGUAGGGAUCCCGAAAAUGAUCUUGGCUGGGACAGUGUGGCCAUG